AUAAUAUAUUAUAAUUUACUCCAGUUAUAAUAUAGUACAAAUAAUUUACUAAAUUGUUUUACAAUUUUCCUGCAUAUAUAUGUGUGAUUUGAUUAACCUCUAUCAACAGACUCCACCACCCUCUCAUCCUCCUGUCACAAGACUCUACCAUCCUCCCAUCAUUCCCUAUAUCCGACUUCCGUGAGUAUCAACAUGAUGCAUGAUGUCUCUGUUGGGGAUAACUCCAUCGCGGAUGCUAACGAACGGACCUUGUAUAUAACGUUUCCUCGUGGGGUUCCUAUGUCGCAAGAAGAGGUGAUCAAGCAAUGUUUCACCGAACAAUAUGGAGAAAAUUGUGUUCAAGGCAUUGACAUGCAACAUGACGAUGGUCAAGAGCAAGCACUAUUUGCGAAGCUGGUCUUGGACUCGGUCGCUACCAUGAAUCGCGUACUCAACCAUUGGGAAACGGUAAAAUUGUGGUCUUUAUCAGAAAAUGAUUCAGUAAAGCUGCGGAUCAACGGGAAGGUCUUUUGGGCUCGUAAGCAUACGAGAUAAAGUAUGUAACUAUAAUUAAUUAAGUAAAUCCCAAAAUGGGAUAUAGUUUCUUGUUGUGAAUUGCUUUGGAUGCAGAGGUCAUUAUCUUAUGUUAUGAUGUGGUCUAUAAUAACUAGAAAAAAAUAAAUAAUAUGUCUUUUAUAUAUUUUGUUAUUAUUAAAUUUUUUAUUUUGGAAUAUGUUCUUUACUCAUAUUCUUUUAUAAUUAGAGUUAGGGGAAUUUGUGA